GGGUGGAGUCAGUGCGGCCUAUUCCGAGCGCUUAGUUCGCACACAAUCACUCAUUCUCUUCUGCUGCAGGAUGGAUCGAGGAUAUUCUUCAGGAUUCUCUGGAUGGGGAGGUGCCGGAGGAUCAUCCAGAGGCUCGGGCAGUUAUGACCUGUAUGGCUAUAAAGACAGUGGAGAGAGAUUUGGAGGGGGUAGUUAUGACCGCACGAAGAGGGGUUUGUCUGGAGGAUCUCUGCUGUCCUCUGGGUCAAACGCAGAUGAUGUCAUUGCCAAAAUCAACCAGCGAUUGGACAUGCUGACGCAGCUGGAGGGGGGGAUGAAAGGUGGAGCUCGCGGUGACAGGUUUGAACAAUACGAGUCUUUUGACUCACGCUCCUCCUCCCUCGGCUCCCGUGAUCUCUACAGAUCCAGUAACUUUGGUUACAGUGACACCCGGGUUGACAUGAUGGCCCAGCGUGGAGGCAUGGGCUUUGGGGGCAUGAGCGGAGGGGGUGGUGGCGGCUAUGACAGUGCCACCUCUGCUUUCGGAUCUGCCAAAAUGUGGCCAAAUCAAGACGCCUUCUCGGGCUCCGGCUGGCGGGCAAGGCAGAAAUCCCCACGAAGGGGCGGAGCAUCAGGGGGGCGCGGCUUCAGCCGCAGGCAGGACUCCUCUGUCGGGGGAGGAAGUGGGCGGGGUGGAGGCCAGGGCCGCUCCCCUGCAGGGCGAGGAAAGCUACCCUCGCUCCUGGCCCAUCGCAUGUACAACGAGAGCGGGGCAUUCCAGUCUCAGCAAGGCCGCCAGGACUUCCCUAUCCGGAACUUUGGAGGGGGGCCAAGGGCCAACCGACAGCGCGGCCGCAAGAAACCCCUCAACCGACAGCAAGUAAAGUCUCAGCGUGUUGGACAGAAGAAAAGGAAACAGACCCUGAGUGCAGUGGGUGAGCCAGAGUCAAAGAUGGGCAAAACUGAAGCCACAGGAGACAAGCCUGUCAACGAAGCAGCAGCUGGAGAAAAGAAAAAGGACUCUGAGGAUGUAACAACUGCUGAUGAGUCCAGCCCAGGAGAUGGUGGAGAGAGUGCUGGUCCGUCCAAUCAGGAGAAUGGUGCUCAGACCAAGGGGAAACAGUCUCCACUCUCUGCGUCCAAAAUCAGGAGGAGGAGGGGCUUCUUUGAAAAGACAGGGGUCAAAGUCUCUGCUCACAGGUUGACCUUCGCAUGUUCCAUCUGCAAGUUCCGCUCCUUUUACAGCGACGAUAUGGCCGCCCAUCUGGAGAGCAAGUUCCACAAAGAUCACUUCAAGUAUUUGUCCAAUCAGCUUUCAAAACCCACCAACGACUUCCUGCAGGAGUAUCUAAACAGUAAGUUUAAUAAGACAAAGCAUCUGGUGAGUCAUAUGGAGAAUCACAGCGCCACCAUCUGUCAGGUGUUCAAAGACCAGGAUCUGACACGAGAUAUCGGUAUGGAGCACUUCAUGAAGAAGGUGGAGGCGGCUCACUGCACAGCCUGUGACGUCUUCAUCCCAAUGCAGCACCCACUGAUUCAAAAACACCUCAAAUCAAACGACCACAACUACAACCGCAAGGGUAUGAUGGAGCUGUCGAAGAAGUCGAGUCUGUCUGUGGCUCGCAGUAUUCUCAACCACAACGUUAUAGGCAAGAAACUGGAGAGCUUCCUGAAGGGUGAAAACCCGUUCAACAUGAACCAAGAAGACCAGGAUCCCGAGGACUCCAUGGUGAUGGAAGUGUCUGAUUUGACCAGUGAAAGCCUGAAGGAGCUGACUCAGGAAGAGGAGGUCCCUGUAGAAGAGGCGGAGCCUGUAGCAGAAACCAUUGGGAAAGGGGAGGGGAUUGAUGAGAUGGAGAUGGGAGGCGCCAAAGAGGAAGAGGGUGCAGUGGUGUGCGAGGAGGAGGGUGUAGAAGGCGUAGAGGAGGGCGAGGAAGAGGCUGGCGUGGCUGAGCUCAGCAAGGUCAUAGAUGAAGGACCGGAAGGAGAUUCUGAUGUUGUGACGGUCGAGUAAUUUUGACAGGAAAGGAAUCCUUCACCCAAAAAAUUAUUUUAUUUCCAUCAUUAACUGUCACUUAUUUGGCUUCAUACCUGUAUGGCUUGCUUGCUUCUGUUGAAUACGAGAGAUAAGGUCCUAUUUUCAGCCUCCGUCAUCGUUCCUUCAUUGCAUUUUUCCUGCAGUGACUCAAAAUGUUAACUGAGACUAUGUGUCACGAGAGAACUGAAUUUUCUUUGGGUGAACUAUUCCUAUUUGAAAAUCAUCCACCUUCCAAAGUGUUAAUAGGAAAACUUAGUUUGGAUCCGGGUGGAAAAUCUUCCCAAAAUGCUCUCUGUAGCCUGAGAACCAAUCAGAAUAAAGCCCUGUCUUGUGAUCAGAUAAUUGCUAGAUUGUCCCGCCCCUCAAAGCCUAUUUCGUAUCAUUAAAGCAUGCAUGUUUCUGUGGAACGGCUCCUUUUAUAGUGAAUAUGUGACUGUUUAUGUGCCUUCUCAUAUGAGUUUAGUCUGAGUUUGAGAGUUGAACUUUAGUUUUAACGAGACGUCUGCCGGCACAGAUCUUUACAGGUUGCGAUAUGAGUUCAUGUACUUUUCGUUCUCUGCUCUUUUUGUGAUUUAUUUUGUGGUUGUAUUACAGUUUCUGCCCAUUAAAUGUUUGUUAAAUUA